AUGGUGGGUCGCGCGGGGCGGCCCCAAUUCGACACGGAGGGCGUCGCCGUCAUCAUGACACAGAAAGAGACCUACUCCCGCUACGCCAGCCUGUUGAGCGGCUCCGAGCCCGUGGAGUCCUGUCUCCACGACUGCCUCGCUGAGCACCUCAAUGCGGAGGUGGUACUGUCGACUGUACGGGACCUGGAUACCGCCACGCAGUGGCUGAAAACCACUUUUCUGUACGUUAGGGUACGCAAAUUACCCCGGGCCUACGGAUUGGACCCCCCGGCGGGGGCCCUGGCCUCCGAUGCGGCCUUUGACCGUUGGUUGACUGGCCGGUUGGUGGGGCAGGCGGUGAUGCGGCUGUCGGAAAUUGGACUGGUGUCUCAGGACCCCAACACCGGCGCGCUUCGAGCUCUUGAGCCGGGUCGUAUAAUGGCGCACAGCUACUUGAGACUGGAGACCAUGAAGGCCAUCACGCAG